CCUUGACGGGCGGGCAGGGCCAGGCCGGGCCGGGCCGUGGGGGGCGGAGGCGGCGGCAAAGGAGAGGGUAGGGCGGCCCAAGUGCCUCCGCUCGCUCGGUCUCGUGGCCGCGCUCGCGCCGCAGGGAGAUGGCUCAGCGUUUGGUCCUCAGGAGAUUCUUGGCCCCUGUCUUCUCCAGGAAGCUUCCUCAGUGUCGCUGGGUGCCCUUUUCUCCUGAGGUUCUAGCCCAGGGCAGCCCUGCUAGACCCACUGCUGCACUCAGUUUGGCCCGGACAUUCUCCACCACCAAGACCUCUAAGGUUACGUUUAACGUCCAGGAUGGGCCCGACUUUCAGGACAGAGUUGUCAACUCUGAGACACCGGUAGUUGUGGAUUUCCACGCACAGUGGUGUGGCCCCUGCAAGAUCUUGGGGCCCCGGCUAGAGAAAAUGGUGGCAAAGCAGGAGGGGAAGGUGCUGAUGGCCAAGGUGGACAUUGAUGACAACACAGACCUCGCCAUUGAGUAUGAGGUUUCUGCUGUGCCAACCGUGCUGGCCAUCAAGAACGGGGACGUGGUGGACAAGUUUGUGGGCAUCAAAGAUGAAGACCAGCUGGAGGCUUUCCUCAAGAAGCUGAUUGGCUGCUGAGCCAAGCCGCCUCGAGUCUUCCCCUGGGGCCUUCCUAGAAAAACUCUUGUCCUUCCCAGCCCCGACCUGUCUAGCCCCAUCGGCCCAUCCUGUGUCUUGCUGGGGAAGGUUCUGCAUCUCUAAACUUGGGGACCAGGAGCAUUUCCCAGUUGUCUGACUGAAGAGGACUGGUUCUUAGGGAAGUGGCGCUGCUGCUGACGUGGGAGGGAGGGCUGGGGGUGGGGGCUCCCCGCUUGCUCCCUACCCCCUCCUCCCAUCACCACCACCAAGCCCACCCUAACCUAGGCCCUGCUUGUGACCAUCUCCAGAGUUUGGAGAGCAACCUGUUCCAGCAGGAUUACUCAUAGUGGGGUCACCCUGUUUUGACUGUGAAAUUUUUAUCCUUGUCCUCUGGUACCUGUGCUUUACUACAGAGGCUCUGUGACCCUGUGCCUGACCUACUUGCCACAUUUUCUCCUAUGAUGCUGUUUUGUAAAAGAAAAGAGAGAGUGAGAUAUAUAUAAAAUUCUCUCAUAUUUUGUAGGUCUGCAAUAAAGAGAGCUUUACUGAUCACUUCUGCCGCUCGCUGUGAAGAACAGGCCCCCAUGAUACACCCUAAAAUUCCCCUGUAGCCACCACCAUUUGUAAAAGACCCCCAGUCCCCCUCUCCUUUCCAACUAUGAGGCUGGGAGAGCAAGAGCUGGCCCCGGGGAGGAAAGGAGGAGCUCUCUGAGGCUCUUUAGGCCACAGGGUCCCUGAAGCCCUCCAAAGGUGCAAGCCCGGACAAUUUGGAACAAAUCAAGCUCCAGCAGAGACACCUUCCAUCCUUUCUGAGAGACCUUCUUAACUCUCUGAGCAGACCUCUAGUCUCUGCUUGAUUCCCUGCCUCAUUUACAUUAAUAGGCAACCUCCUGGCUUCCUGGCCCUUCCCCGCCCCCAGCCUUUUCAUUAAAUCUACUUGUGCCCACCUUA